UAAACUCCCUGACAGGACCCCUCCUACCUAACUCCACUGAAUCAUGAAUCCAGGAAGCUGCGGAGCCGGCUUCGGCUGGAGGAUGUGGCUUCUAUGGAUCUUGCCGCCAUCGCUGCUCUCUGUUGUUUCUAGCGCUGGGGCCGACUCUAAGGCCGUCACCACCACCCUCACAGCGAAAUGGGCUGAUACACCCCUGCUGCUGGAGGCCAGUGAGUUCCUAGCAGAGGAGAGCCAGGAUAAGUUCUGGGAUUUUGUUGAGGCCAAUCAGAACAUAGGAGAGCAUGACACAGACACAGAUGAGGCCUAUUACGAUCUGAUCGUGAAGAAAGCUGGCGCCCUGCUCAGCUCCGUCCAGGUGAACAUGCUCAAGUUCGCCCUGUCCCUGAGAGCCUACUCGGCAACAGUACACUCCUUCCAGCAGAUUGCAUCCAAUGAGCCUCCUCCUGCUGGCUGUUCGGCCUUCUUCAGCGUCCACGGAGAGAAGACUUGCGAUCCUGACACUUUGGCAGCACUCCUGAAAACAGCACCCGGAAGGCCAAAGCCUUAUCUCUUCAAGGGUGACCAUAAAUACCCGGGAUCAAAGUCUGACGCUCCAGUCGUCAUCCUGUACGGCGAGUUUGGAAAGUCCGACUUUCACAGGCUUCACCGGGCCAUUGUGUCUAAAGUGGAAGAAGGCCUAGCGACUUACGUGCUCCGACAUUACCUGGCUAAUCCCAAUGCAAAGAGAGUCUAUCUGUCUGGCUAUGGAGUGGAGCUGGCUAUUAAAAGCCAGGAGUACAAGGCAAAGGAUGACACACAAGUCCAAGGGGCAGAAGUGAACACUACAGUGAUCAGGGAGAACGAUCCAGUGGAUGAGGUCCAGGGAUUCCUUUUUGGCCGACUGAAGACUCUCUACCCAGAACUGAAAGAACAGCUGAAAGAGUUGAGGAAACAUUUAGUGGAAAGCACCAAUGAAAUGGCACCGCUAAAAGUCUGGGAAAUGCAAGACCUCAGUUUCCAGACAGCCGCUCGCAUCCUGGCUUCCCCCGCUGUUGAUGCCCUUAAUGUUAUGAAGGACCUGAGUCAGAACUUCCCCACGAAAGCCAGGUCCAUAACCAAAACGGUGGUCAACGCUGAUAUCCGCAAAGAGAUCACCGACAACCAGAAGUUUUUCAAAGGAUCGCUGGGCCUGCAUCCCGGUGAGUCGGCCCUGUUUAUCAACGGACUGCACAUCGACCUGGACACACAGGAUAUAUUCAGUGUGUUUGAAGUGCUGCGUAGCGAGGCGAGGGUAAUGGAGGGUCUGCGCUCGCUUCAUAUUGAGACGCCCUACAUCCACGACAUCCUAAAGCUCAAUGUCCAGCCAACGGACUCCGAUUAUGCCGUUGACAUCCGCCAUCCAGCUAUCAGUUGGAUCAACAAUUUGGAGACAGACCACCGGUACAGCUCGUGGCCCUACAACGUGCAGGAGCUGCUGAGACCCACCUUCCCCGGAGUCAUCAGGCAGAUCCGAAAGAACUUCCACAAUCUGGUGAUCAUUCUGGAUCCAACCCAGGCCAAUGCCAUGGAGCUGUUUAGCGUUGCAGAGAUGUUCUAUUCAAACAACAUCCCACUCAGGAUCGGGCUGGUGUUUGUCGUAUCGGAUGAAGACGACAUAGAUGGCAUGCAGGACGCUGGUGUGGCGCUGCUGCGAGCCUACAACUACAUCAGCGACGAGGUCGACAGUCACAACGCUUUUGAAGCUGUCAUCUCUAUGUUCAACCUCUUGCCUCCUGGUGGACGACUGAGUGUCAGCAAUGUCGUUAAAGUUCUGGAGAAGAGGUUCCCCUACGUGGAGGUCAGCAGCGUCCUGGGAGCCGACUCCAGCUACGACAACAAUAGGAAGGAGGGACGGGCGUAUUAUGAGCAAACCGGAGUGGGCCCGUUGCCGGUGGUCAUGUACAACGGAAUACCAUACCAGCGGGAACACCUGGACUCUGACGAGCUAGAGACGAUCACCAUGCAAAAGAUUCUGGAUACCACCACCUUCUACCAGCGGGCUGUCUACUUGGGCGAGCUGGCCACCGAUCAUGACGUGGUGGACUACAUCAUGAACCAGCCCAAUGUUGUCCCUCGCAUCAAUUCCAGAGUCCUCUCCACCACCAGAACAUACCUGGACCUGUCCGACACCAAUAACCAUUUUGUGGACGAUUACCCUCGCUUCUCGACUCUGGACAUGCGGGAGAAGAGCACGGCUGUGGCCAACAGCAUCAAUUACAUGACGAAGAAAGAUGACGGCUACAUCCGGCCUGUGACCUUCUGGGUGGUGGGAGACUUUGACAAGCCGUCAGGACGCCGCCUCCUCUACGACGCCAUCAGACACAUGAAAACCAGUAACAACGUGCGGCUGGGCAUGAUCAGCAACCCGUCAGCCGACCCGUCUGCAGAGUCGAGCCGUGUGACCCGAGCCGUCUGGGCCGCCAUGCAGACGCAAUCCGCCAACAACGCCAAGAACUUCAUCACCAAAAUGGCCAAAGACGAAACGGCUGCGGCCCUGGAUAAGGGUGCCGACAUCACAGAGUUUGCUGUCGGGGGUAUGGAUGUGUCAUUGUUCAAGAGCGCGUACGAGAGCCCCAAAUUUGACUUCCUGCUCUCCCACGCCGCCUACUGCCGAGACGUCCUCAAACUGCAGAAAGGACAGAGGGCCGUCAUCAGCAACGGACGAGUCAUUGGCCCGCUGGAGGAGGACGAGGUGUUCAACCAGGACGACUUCCUCCUGCUGGAGAGCAUCAUCCUCAAGACGUCCGGGGAGCGCAUCAAAAGCAAAGUGCAGCAGUUUGGAAUUGAGGAGGACAGGGCCAGCGACCUGGUGAUGAAGGUGGACUCUCUGUUGUCGUCUCAGCCCAAAGGAGAGGCGCGCAUUGAGUACGGCUUUGCUGACGACCGCCACAGUGCCGUGAAGAUCCGUCCCAAGGAAGGAGACGUGUACUUUGACGUCAUUGCCGUGGUGGACCCCGUGACCCGGGACGCUCAGAAGCUGGCUCCCUUCCUGACGGUUCUGAAGCAGCUGGUCAACGUCAACCUGCGUGUCUUCAUGAACUGCCAGUCCAAACUGUCCGACAUGCCCCUGAAGAGUUUUUACCGCUACGUGUUGGAGCCUGAGGUGGCAUUCCAGGCUGAUGGCAGCUUCUCCCCGGGCCCCAUGGCCCAGUUCAUGGACAUGCCUCAGUCACCACUCUUUACACUGAACCUCAACACUCCCGAGAGCUGGAUGGUGGAGUCUGUGCGUACGCGCUACGACCUGGACAACAUCUACCUGGAGGAGGUGGAGAACAUAGUAGCGGCGCAAUAUGAGCUGGAGCACCUCCUACUGGAAGGCCACUGUUUUGACGUCAGCUCGGGUCAGCCACCCCGUGGCCUGCAGUUCACCCUGGGCACCGCCUCCGAGCCCGUCAUCGUGGACACUAUUGUCAUGGCCAACCUCGGCUACUUCCAGCUCAAGGCCAACCCAGGAGCUUGGAUCCUGAAGCUGAGGAAAGGUCGAUCUGAUGAGAUCUAUAAGAUUUACAGUCACGAUGGUACGGAUUCGCCGGCAGAUUCAGAUGACAUCGUCGUGGUCCUCAACAACUUUAAGAGCCGAAUUGUUAAGGUCAAGGUGCAGAAGAAACCAGACAAGUUCAACGAGGAGCUGCUGAACGACGGCACCGAGGAAAACGACAGCGGCUUCUGGAAGUCUCUGACCAGGGGCUUCACGGGCGGCGGGAAAACUGAGGAGGCGAAGCAGGAUAAAGACGACGUCAUCAACAUCUUCUCUGUGGCCUCGGGUCAUCUGUACGAGCGUUUCCUCAGGAUCAUGAUGCUGUCGGUGCUGAAGAACACCAAAACGCCCGUCAAGUUCUGGUUCCUCAAGAACUACCUGUCGCCAACGUUCAAGGAGUUCAUCCCUCACAUGGCCCAGAAGUACGGCUUCCAGUACGAGCUGGUCCAGUACAAGUGGCCCCGCUGGCUCCACCAGCAGACCGAGAAGCAGAGGAUCAUCUGGGGCUACAAGAUCCUCUUCCUGGAUGUCCUGUUCCCGCUCGCCGUCGACAAGAUCCUCUUUGUGGAUGCAGACCAGAUCGUGCGUACGGACCUGAAGGACUUGCGGGACUUUGACCUGGAGGGGGCGCCGUAUGGCUACACCCCCUUCUGUGAGAGCCGGAGGGAAAUGGACGGCUACCGUUUCUGGAAGUCGGGCUACUGGGCAAGUCACCUGGCCGGGCGCAAGUACCACAUCAGCGCCCUCUACGUGGUGGACCUGAAGAAGUUUAGGAAGAUAGCGGCAGGGGAUCGCCUCCGCGGGCAGUACCAGGGCCUUAGCCAGGACCCCAACAGUCUGUCCAACCUGGACCAGGACCUUCCCAACAACAUGAUCCACCAAGUACCCAUCAAGUCACUUCCUCAGGAGUGGCUGUGGUGUGAGACGUGGUGUGAUGACACCUCCAAGAAGAACGCCAAAACAAUAGACCUGUGUAACAACCCAAUGACCAAGGAGCCCAAGCUGCAGGCCGCCGUGAGGAUCGUGGCCGAGUGGAGUGACUACGACCAGGAAGUCAAACGUCUGCAGACCAAAGUUCAAGGAGAAACAACGCACAGCCUCCCCAAUAAGCAAGCAAGCACAGAUAUUCAUACAGAAUUAUGAAGACUCAAUUUUUACACCAAAGCUCUGUUUAAAGAGUUUGACAGAUGCCACUCUCCCGCCUCGGAUGACUGCCGGCGGUCCUCAAUUAAAGGCUGCUACACGCUCCCAAAUGUUUUUUUUUAUUUCUCCCUGCAAGAUGGACGCUUGUUCGUACUGUUUCUACGUGUGUGUGUGUGUGUGUGCGCAUGUGUGUUAGGUUAUUUGUGACACUUUCUCAAGAAAACUUUUUCUGGCACUCUUUUUUUUUUUUUUUUUUUUUGCAGUUUGAAGAAUUAAACACUGACAGUCUUGAAUUCCUUUAC